ACAUGGGGGCGAGAUGAACCCCAAACCAUUUUUUGGUGGCAGCGCUGUCCAGCAAAAACGAACGGAUGAAUCCGCCCCCGCCCCUCUCGCGGCCGUAAAAAUCGUCUUGCCUUCCAUCCUUACCCUAUCCCCUCUCAACCUUAUCUUGGAGGCGGCGCAGGCGCAGGCGAGUGGCCGUCCAGUCGCGCGGGCAGCAGGGGGCGGCCAUCCGUCCAGGCGCAGGCGAGCGGCCGUCUGUCCAGCGCAUGCUAGUGGCCAUCCGUCCAGGCGAACUGCGAGCAGGCGUCCGUCCAAACGAACUGCGAGCGUCCGUCCAGGCUUCCAUCCAGGCGAGCUGCAGAACUUUUCUACGCACAACACAUUCCAAGAACCGAUGGACAAGGCGACCAAGCUUUUGAUUUAUGGUGCUUCAGCACACAUGUUGUUGUCCAUGAUGGCCAUGGUUAUUGAGUCUAGAAAAAGAAAAAGAGAUAGUAGAAGAGUCGGUAUUACUUAUGGGCCAAUGGAGGAAAGGGAUAGGAUGAGACUUGAUUAUCUUAACACUAAAAUAUGGAUGAGUGAUACAACAUGUGUGAACAUGCUUAGACUUAGUAGGUCUAGUUUCUUUCGCUUUUGUAAGGGCUUUAGAGACCGGGGUUUACUUGAAGAUACAAUACACAUGUGUGUUGAGGAACAAGUGGCCAUGUUUUUGAACACAGUGGGACACAACCUUAGGAAUAGGUUGGUGGGAACAAAUUAUGGUAGAUCUGGUGAGACUGUUAGUCGCUACUUCAACAAAGUGCUUCGUGCUAUUGGAGAGCUACGAGCUGAACUUAUUAGGCCACCAUCAUUAGAGACUCCAUCCAAAAUAGCAGGAAAUCCAAGAUGGGAUCCCUACUUUAAGGAUUGCAUUGGAGCUAUUGAUGGCACACAUAUAAGAGCUUCGGUUUCCAUAGAUAUGGAACCUUCAUUUCGUGGUAGAAAGUCUUAUGCCUCUCAAAAUGUAAUGGCGGCCGUUGAUUUUGAUCUUCGAUUCACAUAUGUCUUGGCUGGUUGGGAGGGUUCAGCACAUGAUGCUUUAGUACUAAGAGAUGCUUUAGAGCGAGAGAAUGGCCUUCGUGUACCACAAGGAAAAUUCUAUCUAGUGGACGCUGGAUAUGGAGCCAAACCUGGAUUUUUGCCCCCUUUUCGUGCUGUCCGGUAUCACUUGAAUGGAUGGGGAAAUAAUCUGGUACAAAAUGAGAAGAAGUUGUUCAACCUUAGGCACUCGUCUCUUCGUGUCACCGUAGAGCGUGCAUUUGGUUCACUGAAGAGAAGAUUUAAAAUACUUGAUGAUGCCACACCAUUCUUUCCAUUUUCUACUCAAGUAGAUAUUGUUGUAGCCUGCUGCAUUAUUCACAAUUGGGUCAUACAAGAUGGAGGCGAUGAGCUGAUCAUUGAAGAAUCUAAUUGGCCAAUUCAUAAUCAUGCUACAACAUCAAGUGGCCAAGCUAGUGAACAUGCAUUCAUGGUUAAUUUGAGGCAGGAAAUAGCAAAUCAGAUGUGGGAAGAUCGUCAAAACCACUAUGCUUCCUAAUUUGUUAUUGUUUUUCUUGCUGUAAUUUUUAUUUAUGGACAUUAAUAUAUGGACUUAAUUAAUGUAUUCAUAUAUUGUGUGAGAUUACUUCUUGCUAUGUGCACAUUAAUGUAUGGACUUAUUUAAUGUAUUCAUGGACAUCAAUCAUUUAUGUCAAAAUUCUUCAUGGGAUGUAUAUGUCUGGACAUAACCAUAUUGCAGAAAAUGGAGAGUGAAGGAGCUGGUGAGCACUUUGUGGAACAAGCUGAUGGUAGUGGCCAUGUUGUGUGGACUUCUGCAAUGUCCGCUUACAUGCUCAGUAACCUAGCAAGCCUUGUGGCUGAAGGGAUCAGGACAUCAACAGGCUUCAAGAAAGUUCACCUUAACAUGUGUGCUAAGGCUCUAAAUGACUAUUUCAAGAUGAAGCUCACUGGAGAACAAGUGAAGAACCAUUUGAGGACAUGGAAGAGAAGAUAUGCGAAGAUAAACAGACUUAGGAAGUUAAGUGCUGCUUCUUGGAACGAAGAUAACUACAUGAUCACUCUUGAUCAUGAACAUUAUGCAAACUAUGUGCAGGAUCACAAAUCUGAUGCUGAGUUUUUAAACAAGCCUUUGGAGAACUAUAAGGAAAUGUUCAUUGUCUUUGGAAACAAUAUGGCUACAGGAAAGUAUGCAAAAGGAUCAAGUGAAGCUCUAGGUACUGAAGAUAGAAACAGUAUGGCUGAAACAGAGAUUGAUGAGGGAGAUGGUAAUGCUGUUCCUAGUCCUAUAGAUGAUAUUGGGGCUUCAUCCUCAGUUCCUAGACCUAGGAAGAAGGCAAAGGUUACUAGUAAUGAAGAGGCAGGGCUGAUUGGAGCAUUCAAAGAUGGUGCUGAAAGGCUUGCAAUGGCUAUUGAGAAAGCUGGUUCAGAUGACCUACCACCUGACUUGCUUCAAACAUUGCAAAGUAUUCCAGGUUUUGAUGACACACACAAGGCCUUUUACUUUGCAUAUCUAGUGAAAAAUCCUGGAUUGGCAAGGCAGUUCCCUACUCUCCCAUUGACAUAUCAGAUAAGUUUGCUUGCUCGCUUCGUUAGUGAGAACUUUCCUUAGAUUAUGAGGACCGGGAAUUAGGACUAUGCUGGAGGUUAAGUGGAAAUUAGAACUAUGUUGUUCUUUUGUUAUGUAAUAAUGGCUUUGCUAUGUCGAAAUACCGGGUUUCUUAUGAAAUACUGGGUUUGUUAUGACCAACACAGAUGCUCGGUUUGUUUGUUUU